GUUUGUUUUGUGUUUUUUAUUUCUGAGACAUUAUUGUAUUAUGAUUUCAUGGUUUGAUGAAUGAAUGUAUGGAUAGUGCCUUGGGGUUUUUUCAGAAUAUGAUUAUUUUAUGAUGCUUUUUCCCCUUGGUAACUAAGUCCACCCGAUGAGCUUUCUGAUUCUGAUUGAUUCUGAUUAGUUUGUUCUUUUGUUUCUUUAAUAAUCUUACUUAAAAAAGCUUUUGGAAUUAGCCAACAAAAUAUUUCCUUACCUUUAUUUGUGGGAACCAAAAACUUAGCCUAAGUCCAAAAAAAUAAGGGAGCCCACCAGAAAAGAAAAGAGAAAGACUUGUCCUCUAUGCAAUACCACCAUUAAACAAGUCAAUUAUACCAGAAGACUGAUUGCAUUUGUUACUAGCCAACUUAUCAUCAUCAUCAUCACUCUACAACAGAUUAUUAGAUGGUACCAGUUAUUCCAAGUAAGGUGAGAAAGAUAUGGGAAAUAUGGGACCUGAGAGUGUGCAUCACCACAAGCCUCUUACUCCAAGCCUUCUUGCUAUUAUUAGCACCUUCACGCCAAAGAUCAAGAAGCAACCUUCUCUCAAGGUCUGUUUGGGCAUCUUACUUGUUAGCUGACUGGAUUGCUGCUGUGGCCAUAGGACUAAUCACCAAAAGCCUUGGCAACAAAACUGACCCCGAAGGCAACGAUGACCUUUUCGCCUUAUGGGCAUCUUUUCUUUUGAUGCAUCUUGGUGGCCCUGAUGGCAUUACUUCUCUGUCUUUGGAAGACAAUGAGCUAUGGAUCAGACACCUCUUUGGACUCUUCUUGCAAGUUAUGUCAGCUGCUUAUAGCCUCUACUUGACACUGUCUAACAACAAACUAUGGUGUAUAAAUAUCUUAGUUUUUAUUGGAGGGAACAUCAAGUUUGUAGAAAGAACUUUGGCUUUGCGUCUAGCAAGCUUGGACCGAUUUGGAGCCACUACAUUGCCAGAUCCAAAUCCUGGUCCUGAUUACCAAGAAGCUGAACUAGUCUACUCUACAACAAGGUCUGUUCAGGUUCAAAGUUCCAUAGCAGAGAUGAUGGUAUCGACCGUGCCUGGUGGUGUUAGCAACUUUGGUAGUACUGACCCCAUCUCUGCUAUUGAAGGACCACCUCAGAAGAAUUUAGAUGAGAUGAAACUACUUGAAGUAUCAUAUUCCUUCUUUGGAACUUUUAAGGGACUCAUUGUUGGCUUCCUUCUCAGCUCCAAAGAUAGAGAGUCAAGUCGAAGUUAUUUUCUCCACGAAACAGCUACUCGCGCGUUUAGAUUGGUUGAGUACGAGCUCAGCUUCAUGUACCAAGUUCUCCACACCAAGGCAGUUGUCAUACAUGGAAAACUUGGUUACUUUCUUCGCUUCAUUACUAUUUGCUCCACACUUUUGGCCUUUUUGCUUUUUCUUUUCACUCAAAAACAUGGUUUUGAUUGGGUUUUCAUGGCAAUCAAAGAUAAUCAAAUCAUUAGGCAUGUUCCAGAAGCUAUAUUAAGAAGAAAAAGAUGGUCAGGGUCAGUUUCUCAAAAGGACAUAAUUAGUCAUUGUCUAGCACCUAAGAUGGCACCCCAAGACUUGGCUAGUUAUGUCGAUAAGCAUGGGAUUUUAAAGACAAUGGAAAUGAUGUUAUGUAAACUUUCUUACUGGAAAACAGUGGAUAAUCAUCUCAAGCAUUUUGUUUUCCAAGAGCUGAAGAAUAAAUCCAAGAAGGCAAUUAAUUUGAGAGAUGCAAUAGAGACAUGUUCAGAAAGAGGAGAGGCUGCUCUGUUACAGAAUUCUUCAAGCUAUAUAAAACUGAAAUGGAGCAUAGGUGAGUUCCAAUAUGCUGAGAGCCUUCUUCUUUGGCACUUAGCUACUGAACUAUGCUAUAAUGAUCAGGCCAAUUCAAGUGUUGAAGAAGACCAAAAAAUAGGAGGAGGAAACAUUUGGCAACUCUUUGCUCAACGUUGUUGUAGAACAUGUGUUUGUCAAGGCCACAAAGAUGAUGACCAAUCAAGUGGAAGUGAUAAUAGGAAUAUUUGCAAGGUGAUUUCGAAUUACAUGUUCUAUCUUCUGGUGAACAAGCCAGUGAUGUUGGCACCAGUUUUGGGGAACUGGAACAUAGUGUUUAGAGAUACUUGUGCAGAGGCCAAUAGAUUUUUCGAAAAGCACAAGCUUUCAAGUCAUGGGAAAGCUUGUAAGAAGGUUCUGUCAGUGAAACCGAAAGUUAGAUCGAGAGCUGUAAAGGGUGAGAGAAGCAAGUCUGUGUUGUUUGAUGCGUGUAUUCUUGCACAACAAUUACAGAAUGAGGAAUCACAGUGGAAGAUUAUGAGCCAAGUUUGGGUGGAAAUGUUGUCAUAUGCUGCUAUUAAUUGCAGACCAUUCAUUCAUGCACAACAACUUAGCAAAGGAGGAGAGCUCUUGACUUUCACAUGGCUCAUAAUGAAUCACUUGGGUUUGGGAACACAAUUUGCCGAGCAAGAACAACAAGCUGGAACAAAGAUGGUCACAGUCAUUUGAUUGAGUAAGAAAUUGAAAUCAUGUCAUAUAUAAUAAUUAACCAAAUUGUAGUUGGACUUAAUUUAUGUAAUUAAUUAAUCAAAUGACCAUUUUUGCUACACA